AUGGCUGGCACGUGGCUUCCCAUGGAGCUCUGCUUCCAAAUUAUCGAAAACGUAUUCGACCCUAGCGCUCUCUUCUCUUUCCGCCUGGUCAAUCGUGCUUGGAACCAGGCUGCUUCAAAGCAACUCGAGAACGUCGCUUACCUAUCUCUCGACCCACAAUCGCAAGAUGACAUCGAGAAGAGACUGUCACGCAAAGAAACCAGACAGUCUACCAAAGGCAUCGUGAUCUGUGUGCCAGAGAGCGACUACUUCAUCACCCGAGACUCCUUUGGCAAAAUCCUAAAAACCGACGAAACCCUCGAGUACAGAUGGGAAUUGAAAAAGAUGUUUGGACAGAGAAUCCGCGAAUUCCCUAAUCUCGUUCAUAUCGCGGUACACUUUCGGCCUCCGCCGAAAAGACUGGGUCCAUACGAGACCACCUCGGAUUUCAAAGGGCUGAUGAUUCAUCAUAUGAUGGUUGAUCUUUUUCAGGCUCUUUACGGGCGUCGGAAUCGGCUCGAGGAGCUUUCUCUUCAUUGUCUGCCUGCUCAGGCCAUGUUGCCUUCGACCAGUCAUGGGUUGGACCCGGAACCGUAUGAGAAUACACAAAAGGUUUUGGAGGACUUGAAGUUGAAGUCGUUGAAGCUUGCGUAUGUGGGACCUGGUGUGUGGCCACCGACUGAUGUGCCCCAGUGGAAAAUAUUCGAACCGCCGAAUUGCUGGAUUGAGCCGGCCCAGGCUACCCUCCGCCAUCUAUCCAUUACCUGCUGGGGGUUCUACAUCGUGGAGUGGAGUCGAUUUGGCUACAGUCGAGGCGACAUGAUUCCACACUUGGAAAGUCUGGAGCUGCGCGGCUGCACCUUCACGAGCGACCUGGAAUUAAAAUGGAUCCUGGAACACAAGAAUACCCUCCGCUCACUUAAGUUCGACGACUGUGCCAUUCUCCACUGUUUACAGAUGGACAUUGGCAAUUCCUUUGACUCCCGAUCCCGGGCACAAAAGGUAGAAAAGAAGGACGGGUUGAAAAUGCAACUCUGCCAGAUUCGAUGGCAGGAGUGGUUCCACAAGAUUCGCGCUGGUUUGCCGCACUUGAAUGACUUCCAGUUUGGAAGUAGUCGCAUUCGUGCUCCCGGAGAAGAAGGGCCUGUCUUUAAGUCUGAGCGAGUGAAGGGACCUCGUUUCGAGCAGAAACCUAAGUUCUUGUUUGGCCUCUUUCCGGAUCGAUAUCUGGAGAUGAAACAGGCGCUGGAAAGAGCUCCGUGGAUUUUGGACCCGCCAGUGAGGAAGUACAAAAAGAGACCGCAGUGCGAUAAGGCUGAUGUGGUGGCGCUUCGCUUGCUUGUUAAGCAUACUAGACAGCAUGUGGAGGAGAACUCUACCUCUGAUCAUGCAGGGUAUGUUGAGGAUUUGCUGGGGCAUGUAAAGCCACGAGAGAAUGUGUAG